AUGUUCUCAACUGGUCCUGUCAUCUCGCUACUAGUGUAUCUUUUGAUGCUCACACUCCUCUGCACGAUUACCAAUUCCCAACCUAUUGUUCAUGGUUAUCACGAAGAUGAGUUAUCACACGAAACUGUUUACAACCAAUCUCCAAACUUGAAACUCACAACUAGUCGAGUCGUUACACCAGAUUAUACCAUCAAGACACAUUUACCUCUGUCAGGUUAUGUCGAUCAUGUCUUUCUAGAUGCCAAUUCGAGUUCAUUGUUUGUUGUUGCAAGUGGUUUCAAUCAAAUCAAUCAAUUGGAUCUUUCAGGAGGAAGGUCUCAUACCUUUCCAAUUUCCAUUUCUGAAAAUUCAUUAAGUUUGAGAACGAUGGGUUUUGUAGAAACUUGUGUCUGUGGUUUGUAUGAUCCUGUUCAAAAUUCUGUGUUUUUGGUGUAUUCGACAAGUCAGAAUUCUGCUCAACAUUCUGGAAUUCCCAAAUCGUACAUUGUCAAAGUGAAUUUACAAAAUCCAAAAGUCAAUUCAGUAAUUUCCUUAGGAAAACGUGCUCAAGUCAUGAAAUGUGUACAGAAUACAGAUUUGAACUUGCUUCAUAUGGUAACAAGAAAGGAAAAUUAUGAAUUGUCAUUGUCGACAUUUGAUCCAAGAGAUUCAAGUUUGUAUGAAGAAACUAUACCAAUGAUGGAAUUGGCACAACUUGAAUUUAAUGCCAAGAUUGGUCUCGUUGUGGUUGCAGUGAAUGCUUCUCAAACCAAUUAUUAUGUCUAUUCACCACAAUUAGAGUUACAAUUUAUGACAAUUGACAUGAAUCCACAAUUUUACACCACAUGCUUGAUUGAUUCCAUGUACAUUUCAUCCGAAGGUUUAUUACCUCAUCUCACAACGGCCUUUAUCAAAUGCAAUAAUCAAGCAACGUUAAUUCAAAAACUUGUCAUUGACAUGAGCAAGAAACAAUUCACAUUCUGGACAAGCAGUCAAUAUCCAAAGGUAGUUCGAGUUUACAAAUUAUCUGAAUAUCAUUGGAAAUCAUUUAGUUUUGAUUAUUAUUUCGAUGAUUUUACUGAAAUGGUUGUAUGGAAUUCGACUGCUGGAUGGAGUGAACAGAAUCGUUACGUAUUGAGUGGAAAUUCAAGAUCUACUUCUUCUGGAAAGUCAUUGCAAAUGAGUGUAGUGAUACGUGACGAUGAAGGACAAGAAUUUUUGGCCAUUCCUCAAAGUUUUGUUGAUGUCAAUUUGUCCUAUCAAGUCGACAUGUACAAUUUGGAGAAUAUUAUGGAACCCAAUAAUUUUCUUAAUAAGGAAAAAGAGAGAGGAAAAUGA